GUAUGCCCUUCAAACAUUGAAAAGAAGAGAAAGACCCUUUUCUUUUCCACACCGUCCACUUUAUCUGUACUGCUGGCGGGUUAAAAUGGUAAAAAAGCAACACUUCAUCCAUUUGCUUUCCGACCAGAACCUUAACAUUUCCUUUGCGCUUCACACGAAGCUCGUGCGCGUACACUGCACACCGUCGAGGCCGGAAAAGAAAUCGCCACGAAACGAGCCCAAUCUACCCACCGCAGCUAUGAAAGAUAGCAUUCAGUGUCCACGCUUCUAGCAGCGACGACCCACGCCUAUCGCUUGCCCAAGGACCUGACAUCUCGCAGUGAGCGUUUUCUCCGUCUGCUUCCCUCGCAAACCUUCACCGUUGGGCUCACAGCACGUAAAGGCUAGUUAGUAUGAUCGUGAAGCAUAAUGUUGUCGCUCGGUCGGUUUGGAAUUGGGUUCUUCCGUGGUCUGCUGCUGGAUGAAGAUCGCCACCAUCGUUCUGGCGCGCUAUCCGUACAGGUAUUCGUUCGUAGGCGUAGUACUAUCGGGCUUCCAGAUAUGGUAAUGAACGUUCGAUACCACUCCGGUUUGCUUCAUUGCUGUGGGUUCUGCUGUUGUUGUGGUUUCAUUUUAAUGUACUUCUUCCAGACGGUGGAAUAGCGCUGGCUUUUUUUUAUGAUUGGAAUGUGUAAACUCUAUGCACGAUGCAGUAUGUCGAUGCUGGCGCUAAGUGUAUCUGAUGCUUGUAGUUUUGUUUGGAUAUGGUGGCUGGAAGCUUCACCCCGGUGCCGGAACCGGUUCGUGAGUCAACUUGUGUGGUGAUUGGGCAUGGGAUUCAGAAAGGUCAGCCGGUGAAAUAGAUAAGCAUGGAGGGAUUUUUCAAGAGCAAGUCUAGUAGCAGCACAAAUAUUGGAAGCUGGAUAGCGGGAUUCAAAUGUAUUCAAUGAGAAUAUCUAGCAUCAAUAACCGAAUUGACUGUUUUUGAUAAUAAUUAACAACUACCUGAAGCGCUAGUACCCAAUAGCACUUGUUCUAUGUAGUGACAAAAUAUCGGUGUUUUUCUUCGUGAUCAAUAAGACGGUCUUGACAGCUAGAAACAUAAUUUUGAUGUUUUUUAGUCUAUAAUUGCUAUACUAUGGUCUGCAAACAUCUUGCAAAAUAAAUCAAGGAUUACAAUUUAUCAUAAAAAACCUAUGCAGAUCAGUACUGAUUUCUUCAUUCUUCGAUACCGCUGUUAACGUAUUUAUCCAUACUACAUACAUGUGUGAGUAAGCAUGGAAACGCUUCGGGGUUUGUGAGUGCCGAAACGCUUCAAUUUUCUCCUUUCAGUUUGACUUCGUGCUGUGUCUCAUAUCCCCGAGAGCAAGAGAGAAUAUGUUGCGAGGUCCAACAUCGGAGAGAAAACUGGAAUGAAAUGAGAGUUGUUGGGCUGAGUUACCUUUUUCUAGCAAUUCCAGAAAAUACAUAAUAUUUGGAAAAACUUCUGCAACAGAUACCACAUUGGGUACGUUAAUAAAUGGAACUUGUAUUAUAUCCAAUAAACUUUAAAAAAAAUGCAUUACUUUGUUUAUAGUAACAGGUACUAUCGUGGAAAUUCAAGAGAACCUUCUCUUUAGGUAUCAGAUUGGAAAAUCCGUAUCUGUAUUAGCCAAUUAACAAUCUGUUGUGUUGUUGAACUGUAUUUACCGCUUUGCUUAAUCUAAAUUCAAGCAUAAAUACAGGCUACAUUUUCCACGAAUUCGGCGACUAAAAUUAGUUAAAUCUAUUCACAGUUGCACAUUUAGCUCAAAAACAUCUCAAAACGUCAGUAUUAAACUUCGUGUCUCGCUUGCCCACGAGCACGCAUAGGGGGAUAGAGCACGCUACAACACGAGAGCACAGACUGAGCGACCAAUUUCUCUCCCAGUUUACCUCUUGAAAUCAUUCACUCGUGCUAUGCUUCGCACAUGCUAUGCAUGCUCGUGAGUCUCUCAGCAGCUACCGUGCCGGUCGGACGUGUUUUCGUGUUGUGUGUCGGCAGUGCAUCGUUGCAAUUUGGUGCAAUUCACGGGUUAGCUCGAUCCAGCAGAACAGGAUGUUUACCAUCAGUGCUUGAACACGUACAUUCCCUUGGUGUGUCCGACUGUGCGUGCACACGUUUGUUGCCAAAUAGCUCUGUGCCGAUAGCAGCAGUUGUUGUGAAAAAUGUGGACCAACCAGUAAGCAGCGCCCAAUAACCCCCUCACAGAGGUUACUUAUCAAACCGACCAACGAUUUUGGUGGCCAAAUUUGUUUUUUUUUUGUCCGUGUUACCGGUGCCGUUCGUGUGCAUGAUGCAUCCGCGGUAAAAAAAAAGUGACCAGUUGCUGUGUGUGUGCCAGUGGUCGGUGUCGUUGAAAAUCGGUGCCAAAUUUAUCCGAAUGUGUCGACAUUAAUCAGCCACGUCGCACGUGGUGUUGUUGGCUCAUCAAUCCGCUGGCUCGCGAGCGUCAAACAGCUGAUUUUGCUGUGGGAUGUGUAUGUGUGUGUGUCUGUGCCCGAAACUAAGAUGUUGAUGUCGUGAGACACACAAGCGGUGCUCGCUGAAGGUCGUGUAUAAAGUUUGCCAAAUUGAUGAUAGUGGAGGGUGCGAUCAGGGUUGGAGAAGCAUCCGUCAAAUGCAAACGUGCAUUAAUUGAAGCCAAAGAAAAAUGAUGAUAAUAAUAAUAGUUUAUUAGCGCUAUCUGUGUGUUACCUUGUUAAGAAACCUAACUGCGCUGUGUGCUAGGUGAAGUUUGUUGCACUGUUAUUUCGUAGCCAAAUAAAACCGAGUGUUCAAUUACGUCAAUAGUUUAAAUUUUACAUCAUAACAAAGGUGGUGUGGUUUAGCAAAAAAGUGAGUUAAAGAGUAAAUUGUGUGUUGUUUAUCGUACUGGUACUGUGGCAACAAAGAAACAGUGAAAUCCCUAGCCGAGAAACACGUAAACAAAUUGUUCUGAACGCCCUCGAAAAGAAAGGGGAAAACUAAACAAAUCAAACAUGACGAUGCUUGCGGUGAAAAAUUUCUUCCUCCCGGAGCGGAAAGCGCCACCGGAAACGCCAAAGUUCAGCCGCAUGCCGGAAGCAUUCCUGCGCUCUAUCCGGCGCCGGUCGCUUCGCAUCAAGCGUCCCAAAACGGUCAUCGUCGAGCGGGAGAAACGAAAAUCGGAUUCGUUCGUUAACAGCCAAGAAUGGACCAUCUCCCGAUCCGUGCCGGACAUCCGGCUCGGCAUUGUGGGCAGCCUGAGCUCGGGCAAGUCGGCCCUGGUCCACCGCUAUCUGACCGGCACGUACAUGCAGGAGGAAUCGCCCGAGGGCGGCCGGUUCAAGAAGGAAAUUCAGAUCGACAAUCAAAGCUACCUGCUGCUGAUACGGGACGAAGGUGGCCCACCGGAGAUUCAGUUUGCCGCCUGGGUUGAUGCCGUCAUUUUCGUCUUCAGCUUGGACAACGAGUCGAGCUUCAAUGCGAUCUACACCUACUACAACCGGAUAGCGCACCAUCGCAAUACGGCCGAAAUACCGUUCAUUCUCGUCGGAACACAAGACGGUAUUUGUGAACGGGCACCGCGAGUCAUCGACGAUGCGCGGGCUCGGAAGCUGGCGCAAGAUUUGAAACGCUGCACCUAUUACGAAACCUGCGCCACCUACGGACUGAACGUGGAACGAGUAUUUCAGGACGCCUGCCAGAAGAUCGUCCAGCAGCGCCUGUCGACGGGUUCGACGAUCACGCCAACGAACUCGCGCCCCACCACCCCGCAAGGCACGCGGCUCGGUGUGGCCAGCUUUCACCCGUCCGUUCCGAGCCCGACGAACGGGUACGCCGGUUCGGCCGUGACACACAGCAGCAGCAACGCAUCGCCCAGCCACCAGCAGCAGCAGCAGCAGCAGAACCACCAAACCGGCGGCACUAUGACGCUGCCCCAUCGGCACCACGUCCUGUCCGCCUCGAGCCAUCACAUUCCGAUCAAGAUCAGCCAGGAGCUGAUCGGGGCCGAACAGCACCACCACCACCACACGUCCUCGGCCGGGGCAAACGCCCAGAGGUGGGGUACGAUCUCGCACGGCACCUCCCAGCAGACGCUGCUCGCGCUAACGAACGAGAACAACAACAUCUCCAAGUUCAUCCCCCCAACGCACCCGGUGUCGAGCGGGCUGCCACCACCAACCGAUUCUUCGCUACUGCAACCGCACGGUGGUGCAUCGCUUACCGCCAUGUCCGGCAAGGACAGUAGCAGUGGCGGCAGCGGCAAGGACGGCAAGGAAGGGAAGGAACUCCCGACGCCAACCUCCACACCGACCACAUCGCGCAAGAGCCGCCGAAGAUCGAACCUGUUCAUCCCGUCCUCCUCCAAGAAGGAGCAGCAGCAGCAGGAGAAGAUCAAAAACGGUGAGCUCGGGUCGGGGCGAGCCAUCCCGAUCAAGCAGGGCUACCUGUACAAGCGCAGCAGCAAAUCGCUCAACAAGGAGUGGAAGAAAAAGUACGUCACGCUGUGCGACGAUGGGCGGCUCACGUACCACCCCUCGCUGCACGACUACAUGGAGGACGUGCACGGGAAGGAGGUGUCGCUGCAGUACGUCACGGUGAAGGUGCCGGGCCAGAAGCCGCGCGGCACCAAGUCCAUCAUCACGAACAGUGCGCUGACGGCGGCGGCCGCUGCAGCAGCCCAGCAAGCGUCAUCGUCCACCAACGGCACGAACGGCGGCUCGAACGGGCUGACCGAGGGGAUCGGGGGGCUAUCCCUAGCGAAGGAUCGCAAGUGCACGGAGAAGGUGCUGCUGACCGCGUUCGACACGCUGCGCGAACCGGUCAAGUCGAACUCGCAGACGAGCGGCGACGAGGGCAUCGUGAUCAGCAGCAGCAACUCGCAGAGCUUCCUCGGGGACAGCAGCAGCGCGGCGGCCGGCAGCAAGAUCGAUGCGCAGACGCCGAACGUGAAGAAGCGGCACCGGCGCAUGAAGAGCAGCGGCGUGGGGAAGAACAGCGAGUACGAUGAUUCCGACGGGUUCGAGUUCUACAUCGUCUCGCUGGACAACAAGCAGUGGCACUUCGAGGCGUCCAACUCGGAGGAGCGGGACGAGUGGGUGUCGGUGAUAGAGCAGGAAAUCUUCAAGAGCUUGCAGGGCAUCGAGUCGUCCAAGUCGAAACCACUGAACCCGAGCGACAUUGCGUCGAUGCAGUCGAUCCGGAGCCGGGUCCCUGGCAACGGUUACUGCGUGGACUGUGACUCACCAAAUCCCGAAUGGGCCAGCUUGAAUCUGGGCGUACUGAUGUGCAUCGAGUGCUCCGGGGUGCACCGAAAUCUUGGUUCGCACAUCAGCAAGGUGCGAUCGCUCGGGCUGGAUGAGUGGCCUCCGGGCCAUCUGAGCGUAAUGCUGGCGAUUGGCAACAGCCUAGCGAACUCGGUCUGGGAGGCGAAUACGCGCGGCCGGGUAAAACCAACGCCCGCCAGCUCGCGCGAGGAGAAGGAAGCGUGGAUCCGCAGCAAGUACGAGGGCAAAGAGUUUCUGCCCCACUUUAACCCCUCGCCCCCGAUCGGCCAGCAGCUGUGCGAGGCGGUGGUGCGCUCCGACAUGAAGUCGAUCAUCAUCCUGCUCGCCAAUGCGUCGAACGAGCACAUCAACUCGACCGCCAGCAACCGGGAUCUGCGCACGCCGCUACUGUUGGCGUGUGCGAUCGGGAAUUUGGCCAUCACGCAGCUCUUGAUUUGGCACCAUGCCAACCUGAAGCACGUGGACAGCGAGGGCCGAUCCUGUCUAACCUUUGCCAAAGCGGCCAACUCGCUGGCGGCGGCCAAGCAGGCAAACAAUUCGCCCCACCACGUGAAUGUGGAAACGACCACGGCCCUGGUGGAGCUGCUGACCAGCCUGGGCUGUACCGAUCCGGCACCGUUCUCCGCCAGCGGUACGCUACCGCGCCGAAGGGAAACGAUCGAUCAGGCCACGUUCGAGAAGUUUUCCUCGAGCGUCAUCUAAGCGACGACCGCUGUGUUUGUAUGGAAGCGCAGUAGGAGUAGUAGUAGUAGUAUUAGCACCUUGAUGAUAUAUAGACAAAUUUCGAGAACGCAAUCUCUCAAGACACGCAAAUUUUGUCCCCGACUAUGUAGAGAGAGAGAGAGCCGCAAUUAGAGGGACACUUUCUCUCUAACACAGAUUCAUAUGUUAAGUUCUUUAGCCUUUAAAGAGAUGGUGGUUGUGCGCGUUCUGUUUACUUCGCGGUAACGAACGCCUCAGCAAGACGUAUUUGACGAGAGACAGAGAGAGAAUCCUUGAUGGCAUUGUGAUCGAAUAUGAAGUUGAAUUUCGGUGGGUGGUAGUAGUAUCUCUGUGUUUAAGCAUUCUGUUUCUGAAGCCCAGAAACAGGUACAGAUUUUGUAAAUAAUUUGUCCACAAUUGUCGUUCGUUUGGCCAAAGGCAACACAAAUACGAGCAAGAGAAGAAAAAAACUGUCCCCCCAAUCCCCCCCCCCUUUUUAUGUGUAUAAAUGUGGUUAAGAAGCGUUUGCGUUAUAUAUAGAAGAAGAGGAAGGUAUAUCUUAUGGUAGAGAGCAGCAGAAGCGAGGAGAAGGAGAGCUCGCUUUUCCUUUAGUGUUUAAAAUGGCGCACGAACCCAUAUUUCCCCUGGUAGUAUGUAUAUGUACAUGUGCUAAGAGCUUAGCAGAGAAGAAGAAACACUUUAGCACUUUUUUUAGUGUUUUGUUAGUUUGUUAGCCGCGCGCUGUUUUCGUGUUGUUCGUGUGCUUGCACCGUUCCACACACGGGCGCCCUUCCCUCCCUUCCUCCGUGUACGUAAUAUAACAUUUUAGAUGUUGUUUAUUCUGUACUGUUCUGUUCUGUUUCGAUAAGAAUUAUAUCAUCCCUCUCUCUUUAAGUUGCUUUCUUAGUUUAAUCACAGUGGUAGUGUGCGGUGUAGCCGCCCCACAAGACGCGUACCUCUAAACAAAAACUCACAUUGGACUGGAACCAUUUAAUUUUUGUUUGGUCUUUAUUUUUUCUUUUUCGUUAUUAAAAUUAGUGUUUUGUUGCAUAUGAUCCGCCGCAGUAGCCGAUCGUCGGGAUGAUCUUUUAUCGUACGCAAUAUUUAUUCACAGUUGUAGAGAGAGAGGAUGAGAGAGAGAGAGCGCGUACGCUUGUUUUAAUGAAUUCAUUCAGUUCCUAGUUUUGAUCCGAGUUUUGUCGAUCAGUUUGUACCUUUAUUUGACAAUUUCAAAAAGGACAUUUAACACACAUCUGUCCUUGGUUGGUUUGCAACUUUUGAUUCUCUUUUUAAAAAGAGUUUCCGAAUGCCGAAUGGUUUUUUUAUAAUAUUGAUUUGCUCAUUGUCUGUUCCGUUUAGUGCAGCGUAACAUAAAUAUAUAGAUUGAAUUGAAUUGCACUCACACACACACACAAAAAACACAGUACGUUAACGAAUUGUGCCGACGCAUUAGGGCGAAACAGAGAGAAACGCUAGGCAUAAUAUAAAUGUAUACAUAAAUACACAACAAAACAGCAUAACAGCAUAACAGCACGCAGCAUAUAGAGAAGCGAAUCCCUCUUUCCCCCCACACACGCCACAGCUACGAUGCACUACGAACCACAAUUGUAGGAGAAAGAGCAGAAGAAGAAGGUAUUAGAAUGUGUUUGCAAAACAAAAAAGAACCCUUAAAAUAGUAACGGUAGACCUCAGCAACCAGAUAACUGAUGAUGUAUGGCAAAAAGCGUAUUAGAGAAGACGAAGGAGAAAUGUAUUGUCAUUUAUGAAAAAAAAAGAUUUAACAAAAUUGUCCCCCUCCUUUCUUAUCCUUCGACAAAACGCAAGCUCGUUAAAGUAUCGAAGCACACACACAAGUUGAUAGUAAUAGACGACUCCUAUAGAUAAUAUUGCAGAGAAUUUAAUCACCCUUUAAUAACAAAAAAACAAAACGUUUAGUACAGAUUGCGAACUACAAAAGCGAAAACAAAAGAGAAACGGAGAGUAGCAUUGCAUUAAAAAGUGGUAAAACACCCUCUUAGAAGAGCCAAGUAUAGAGUAGAACAAGAGAUGAGAACAAAUAUUAAAAAACAACUCUAUUAUAGGUUACAAAACAGAGCUACAGGAAGAUAAAGAAGAAAAAGCCCGCUAAGCAUUACACAAAAAAAACUCGUUAUUCACUUCUCUUUAGUACUUCAGUAACAGUAAACAAAAAAAACUACAAAAAGAAAACAACAUUGAAAGGAAAAGCCCCCUACACACACACACACACACACACACACUAACAUUAGAAGAAGAGAAUUAGAGCGAUAGAGUAUAAUAAUAGCUUAACAAACAAAAAAAAAACAUUUCACAACCCCUUUUCGCCCGUUGUCCGUUGUUUGUGAAAUUGGCAAAUAUGGAAGCAAAAUUGGAUUGAACUGGAACAAAAAAAAACAUUAGAAAAUUUAACAACUUUCGCUGAAUCUCUCCCACUCUCUCUCUCUUUUUACGACUAACUCGCAAUUUUUGGCGACACGAGUGGGGAUGGGGGAAAAGAAGAAUGAAGAAAUGAUAAAAUGAGGUUGGUGCGCAGUAAAACAAAACCAAGAAUACAAUAUACGAAAUGAUACGAUGAAGCAUUAA